AGAGAACGACACCUUCUCCUCCACUCAGCCUAUUGCGAAUCAAUUCCUACACAACAUUGUCUUCUUCCUCCUCUUCAUCCCUACAAAAAAAGAACUCAUUCUUCUCAUUUUCCACCAAACAGAAUAAACUUAGUGUCAUAAUGUUCAUGAGAAGGAGGAGAUCAUUCUGCAAUAGUUAGUUGCCGCAGGAAGUAUCACCGGAAAAUUUCCAAAACCUUCAUUAGGCUUCAAGGCCACAUCUUAUUCCCCCUUAUCCCCCCCUGAGAGCCAUCCCAUUCUUCAAUUGGGAAAUUCCUCGAACCAACAUCGCCUGUGCUAUCUCCGUCGGAAUCCAGACAAAUCUCCCGUCAACACGCUAUUUAUCCGCAGGUAUGGCAUCAAGACCCUUUUGAGCAAAAUUUGCUUCCUUUUAGGAGUUCAGUAUGUGCAGAACUGUAUGCUCGUGAUGGGGCUGCUAAUCUAAGCGAAAGUGGGGUAUAUUACUUGGAUGAAAGAAAUGAAGAGAUAUUAUCGAAAAGGAUCUUGAAACUUAGCCGAUCAAACACGGUUAGGGCUGCACUAUCACUUUAUAAGUCAAUGAUGUUUACAGGUCUCAAGCCUAGUUUACAUGCCUGCAAUUCCCUUCUUUCCUGCAUCUUGAGGAAUGGAAUGCUUGAUGAUGCUUUGGAGGUCUUUGAAUUCUUGAAGGAAGGUAAGAUGACCACUCCUCACACGUACAGUUUAAUUCUUAAGGCAGUUGCUGAAGAUAGGGGGAGUGAUGCUGCGUUAAAAAUGUUUGAAGAAUUAUGCAAAAAUGAUUGUGCUAGUAACACAUUUGAUGUCAUUGUCUAUAACACAAUGAUAUCAGCUUUUGGAAAACUAAACAAUUGGGCUCAGGCUGAGAAAUUUUGGAGAAUUUUGCAAAACAAAAGCCUUAUAGGGACAACAGUCACGUAUAGCAUACUAAUAUGCUUAUUUGUCCGUUGUGGGAAGUAUGAGCUAGCUCUCAAUGCGUAUAGUGAGAUGGUUCAAAACGGGUUAACACCGGGAGAUGAUGUGUUGCAAGCAAUGAUUGGAGCAUGUAUGAAGGAGGGGGAUUUCGAUAUGGCAUUUUCUGUCUUUCAAAGUAUGUUGAAUGGCGGCCUGAAACCAAAUGCAAAAUCAUGCAAUGCAGUGAUUAAUUCACUCGGGAAAGCUGGGAAACCUAAGCUUGCAUUCAAGGUUUUUGGUCUCAUGAAGUCUCUGGGUCAUGUGCCAGAUGCAUACACAUGGAACUCACUUCUUUGUGCUCUUAAUCAGGCAUGUCAUCAUCGUGAUGCACUUCAAUGUUUUGAGAAGAUCAGGAAACAGCAACCCCACAUCCUAAACUUUCAAAUGUACAAUACAAUUAUGAUCUCUUGCCAGAGACUUGGAUUAUGGGAGAAAGCAGUCCAACUACUAUGGGAGAUGGAGGCUUCUGGUGGUUCGGUUUCUACGUCCUCAUAUAAUCUUGUUAUUGGUGCUUGUGAGGCUGCAAGAAAGCCAAAGGUUGCACUGCAAGUUUACAAUCACAUGGUUCACCAAAAAUGUUCUCCUGACCUUUUCACUAUGCUGUCUGUGAUGAGAAGCUGCAUCUGGGGUUCCCUUUGGAAUGAAGUUGAUAAGAUACUAAAUUCUGCUGCACCAAAUGGAUCUCUGUACAAUGCUGCAAUUCAGGGGAUGUGUCUGGCAGGCAGGAUUGAUCUUGCUACAAAGGUUUACACAAAAAUGCAUCAUAGUGGCCUCAAAGCUAAUUGUAAAACAAGGGCUCUAAUGCUGCAGAACUUACCAAAAGAUCUCAGGAGAUAACAGGUGCAUGCAAUGUAAGCGUUUUCUAUAUAUGUCAACUCGUCAAGUUCGGCCUUCCUUCCACAAUAACCAAAGUAAGGUUGAAGUCUCUUGAUGAUAAUGAGAAGCAUCACUGUGAGCCAAUGACAAAUGCCAGGGCAAAUCCGUGAUCAAAUUUGAGAGGAAAACAGAGUGACAACUACAAUAUUGUGAUUUAGUUGUCCUUGUCAAGUUUACGUUGUUGGGGAACAGCUGAAAAGUCAAAACAUGCAAAGGUCUGAUCUCUCUCCAUCACGCGAAUAUGUCAAUGGCAUUGAUCUUCAUUCUUCACCCAAGCUGAUAUGGCGAGGCACCCAGUUAUGGACAAAGGGGUGCCAAAUCGUUGUUGCCAUUGUUCAACUUUAGAUGUGUGUUUGAGCAAUACUCCCUCCGUCUCAUAAAGUGUUACCCAUUUUGACUAAAGUUGAAAUUAAGGGAGGGAUAAUUUUGUGUUGACUUUCCAAAAAUACCCUUGAUGUGAUGGGUAAAAGUAGGAUGUGAUGUAAAGAUUAUUAGGAAAAAGGUAUGAUGUGAUAGGUAGGGUUUGAAAAAGUAAGGGGUAAAAGUGGUUUUUUUAAAUAGAAAUGGGUAAGGGAUUGUGGAACACAAUUUUUUUGAAACGUGUAAAUCUUUUUGGGACGGAGAGAGUAUUUCCUAGUGGUUUAGAUGACAUUCCUGUAUA